UUUUUGUUCUCUCUCCUUCUCCGGGGACGAUUUUGACGUGACUCCAGUGUCUAGGUUUAGCACAGCUACUUUGCCUGUGCUAACUGUGCUAACCUGCUUCUUUGUAGUAAAGUUUUACUAAUAAAAAAGUGUCUUUCUCUACCUCAACUACUACGAGAUGGCGGGAAACUUCUGGCAAAGUUCUCAUUAUCUGCAGUGGGUUCUGGACAAGCAGGACCUGAUGAAGGAGCGACAGAAGGAUCUGAAGUUUCUCUCAGAAGAGGAGUACUGGAAGCUGCAGAUCUUCUUUGCCAAUGUGAUCCAGGCUUUGGGGGAACACUUGAAGCUGCGGCAGCAGGUCAUUGCUACUGCAACUGUUUACUUCAAACGCUUCUAUGCCAGGUAUUCCCUGAAAAGUAUAGAUCCGGUGCUCAUGGCUCCUACCUGUGUUUUCCUGGCUUCUAAAGUUGAGGAAUUUGGAGUUGUGUCCAAUACCAGGCUGAUCUCUGCAGCAACAUCUGUGUUGAAAACAAGAUUUUCUUAUGCCUUCCCAAAGGAGUUCCCUUACAGAAUGAACCAUAUAUUAGAAUGUGAGUUCUACCUUCUGGAGUUGAUGGACUGCUGCCUGAUAGUGUACCACCCAUACAGACCACUGUUACAGUAUGUACAGGAUAUGGGACAGGAAGACAUGCUGCUGCCCCUGGCCUGGCGAAUAGUGAAUGACACCUACAGGACGGAUCUGUGUCUGCUCUACCCUCCCUUCAUGAUUGCCUUGGCCUGUCUGCAUGUCGCCUGUGUGGUCCAGCAGAAAGAUGCCCGGCAGUGGUUUUCAGAGCUUUCCGUUGACAUGGACAAAAUCCUGGAGAUCAUCCGUGUCAUUCUGAAGCUCUAUGACCAGUGGAAAAACUUUGAUGACAGAAAGGAGAUAGCUGCCGUGCUCAACAAGAUGCCUAAGCCCAAACCUCCUCCUAACAGUGAGAGUGACCAGAGCUCCAACGGGAACCAAAGCAACUCCUACAGCCAGUCCUAGCGUGGCGUCUACAUUUCUGUGGUAAUCCAUGUAGAGAGAGGGGUGGAUCUUUUUUUAAAAUGUCACACAACACCACCUUUGUGAUGUUAGCUGAAAAAAAAAAAAAAUCACAUUUCAGCAAACCCAAGAUGUCCCCUCAUCUACGACCAAAACCCCCCAACAAACACUGAGAGCCACGUCUUCUCUUUUCCCUCCUCUGAUCACUGUGGGUUUAUGGAUUGAGCGAGCAGCCACUGAAAUGUCUCGAUGAGGCUCUGUACUCUGUGCUCCAGACUUGAAAUGAACUAAAAAAACUGAGGAACAUUUGGAGGUAAGGUGGUGCAGAGAGGGGAGCUGGGAAUGUGGUGGGAAAACAGAUGUGAUGGUUCAGUAGAAACCUGCUUUAAUGUCAUUGUGAUUAUCCUGACAUCCUUGAACAGCCCAGAGGAGCGAGUCCCGAGCGCUCCGAGGGAUUCGAGAAAACUUGAUCACAAGUACUGUGUGUGUGUGUGUGUGCGUGUGUGUGAGUGUGUACAAUGUGAGUAGCCAGUCUGGGUUGGGUUUUCAUUCCUCAGGGAGUAUAGUAGUCUUCUCUGUAAAAUGAUUUGAUCCUGUGUGGAUCUGAUUGGAUACCCCGACCCUGUGAGGUGUCUGCUGGUUGAUCAUGAACCAUGGCAGGUAAAAUCCCAAGAGAGGCUCCUCGCUAUGGUAGAAAUUAACUCUUUGAAUACAAUAAUUUACUGUUUUAGAAUCAUGACAACUCCACCUCCUCCAUCCCAUUCCCUCUUUGCUUUUGUAAAUAUCCUUAUAAUUUUAUUCAUUUAUUUUAUCUUUCAAGUUUUUUGGCUUAAUUAAUGAAACUUAAAUCAAAAAUCAUGAGCUGUUUUUAGCUUUGUGCUUCAGAUAAAAAGGGCCCCCGUUUGUUUGUUUCACCGUCAUGAUUCUGUCGGCUGCAAAUCUUAUUCAUUUUAUUGUAAUUAUUUUUUUUUUCCAUUUAUUCUGCUUUAGUUGUAGAAUAAUGUGUUGCUUAAAAAGCUGUAUUUGGUUGUUUUUAAUUUGUCAAAAAAAUUGCUUUUUUUGGACUAAACGCAAAUUACAAUCGUUCUAGAUUUGUCUGCACACUUUUGGUUGUACAUUCUUCUUAUUUACCGCCAUCUAUUUAAUCGCUGAAUUGUGGCAACGUAUGUGUGCAUAUACCUGUCAUAUCGAUGUCUAUAUUUUUGUGAUGUAAUUACAGUGGGAGCUGUGUGUGUGUGGCUGUGCUCAAAACAAGGUGCUUGAAAGCCUUACAAAAUGAAAGCUGCUGGUUACAGAGAAAACCCUUCAUAAAAGCACACUGUCCCUUUCAGGCGAACUGUAAAAUGCAUUUUUAGGGCUGAAUGUUGUCGCAUUGCUGGGAUGCAUCUUCAUUUUUUUUUUCCUCAGUGGCUUCCUGUACACAUCAAUUUUGUCACUAUCGGUACAAAAACAUGGUGUUUGAACGCCACUAGCCCGUCACUUUCUCAUACUGAGUGAAAGAGACAGAAGCCACUGAGGCAAGUUGGAUGCAGCCUUGUUCUGCUUCGCCUUCUGUCAUUUUUUCCUGCCCUUCAGCAGUCUCCAUCUGCUGUACGACAGUUCACAUGAAUGGGUGUGGAAAUUUAAAGGGCUUCACCCCGCCUAAAUAAUUCUACUAGUUCUGGUAAAAAAAAAAACACAUGGCCCAAAAUUGUUUUAUUACUUGAAAGUCUUUGUUUUUUAAUUUUGGAGGAUGAAUUAUGGUAAUAAAAAUGUAUGGUGUGCAUAACAAAA